AUGGUCCGCGCGUCUGCACUUUUAAUCCUGAGCCUUUUCGGCUCGGCUCUUGGUGUCGCAGCGCCGCAGUUCGACCAAGGGGCAGAGCUACGCAAGUCAGAGUGCGAUGCAACCUGUAUGUGCAACCAGAAGAAGUACCGCGAGGCGUAUUUCUGCUGCAUGGCUAAGAAAUGCGACGCAGAUGUGAUGCCUGAAUCUGUCGAGCGCCAACAUACAGAAUGCCAGGCCAGGAACCUCGACUUUACCUUUGACGCUGAGAAAGUUUGCGGUAUCAAGUUGGAGGCGAGCAGUACCUCUGCAGCUGCGUCAACCACGAGAGAUACCAUAACUACUUCACGUUCUUCAGAUGGAUCUUCAGCAACAUCGGUCUCGGCCUCUACGACAUCAGAUGCAGAAAGUACAAGUAGCACUGAGGCCGCCAAGAGUGCUUCAAGUACCGCUCAGGAAUCAUCUACAGGUGGUGCAGCACCUGUAACUGACAGUGCAUCACGGUUGGGUGCCCCUCUUGGGGUACUGAUGCCACUAUUCCUCAAGAUCUUCCGCCCGCUCAAUCUAGAGGUCUUUUCCCGUAAGUUGAGUAUCUGUUAG